AUGUUUUUUACAUGUGGUUUAAUCGGUCUUAAAAUGAGCUCUGUUCUACGGUCAUGCGAAAAUGCAAAAUCAACUGGACAACUACGGCGUAUAUCACCGGCACCAAUUUGGAUGAGUGAACCACCGGUGUUUGAUACUUCACAAUUACCGCCCGGUUUUGUACCGGCUUCACAAUUUUCACCACCUCCACCAGCCUAUAAUCAAAUCAAUUUACCGGUAAACUGUUUACCGGUUCGGAUAACAUCUGCACCGCCAGCUUAUGAUCGAAUAUUUCGUAGUGUUUAUCCACAACAGUUAUGUACAGCUCUACCGGACAGUUGA